AUGGCGGUUACAGAUAGUCUGGAGGAAAUAUUAACUCGAUUCUGGGCCUGCGAAGAAAUCGAGUCUCCCAACAAUUAUUCACCAACGGAGAUAAAGUGCGAGGAGCACUAUAGUCGCACGGUACGACGUGGUACAGAUGGUCGAUAUACAGUCUCACUUCCGAAGGACGAAACCGUGCAAGCUAGGAUGGGCGAAUCAAGGGAUAUCGCAUUCCGCCGUCUUCAAGGGAUAGAACGACGAUUGCUUCGGGAACCAAAGCUGCGGGAACAGUACGACCAAUUUAUGGAGGAAUAUUUGGAGUUAGGACACAUGCGCAAGGUGGACGCUACUGCAGAAGGAGAUGUAAUUCGGUGCUAUCUACCUCACCAUCCCGUAGUUAAGGAGAGUAGCACGACCACCAAGGUCAGAGUGGUGUUUGAUGCGUCUUGUAAGACCACUAUAGGAGUUUCGCUCAACGAUGCGCUGCUGGCAGGGCCAGUAAUCCAGGAUGACCUACGUGCUAUGAUUUUGCGAUCUCGGAUCAAGCAAAUUCUGAUGGUAGCUGAUGCGGAAAAGAUGUUCCAUCAAAUUUGGGUAGACUGGUUGGAUGUGGUACUUCAAUGCAUACUAUGGCGGAAGGAUUUCAAUGGCAGAGCCGAAACCUACGAGCUCUGUACGGUUACUUACGGUACGAGGCCAGCACCGUAUUCAGCAACGCGAACCCUUAAACAGCUGGCAAUUGGGACUUAUAUGGCUGCCAACAAGCGACGUCUUCAAAUUCCAGUUCAAAACCCCAAAGAUCAGCGAGAAUGA